AUGUUUCUAGAAAUGCUUAGUUUACGAAAUGAGAUUGUCAAAUUCUACAUUCCUUACCGUCAGGAGACUUGCUCCGAAAGAUUGGAAUUUCCCAUGUGGUUCAAGGCAUUUGUGGGAGAAGCUCUUCCAAAAGAGAUAUUUCUUAUGAAUCAAAGGAUGAACAUUUGGACUGUAGAGAUAACAGAAAUUAGGGAUGGUCUGUAUUUCAAGAAUGGUUGGACAAAAUUCGUGAGAGAAAACUCUAUCAAAAAUGGAGAUUUAAUGGUUUUUAAGUACGAAGGUUAUGGCAUGUUCGAGAUUGUGGAAAUUCCCAUCGGAUUCAAAGAGUUUGUGGGAGGAGUUGUUCCAAGGGAUGUAAUGCUAUGUAGGAAUAAUUUUUCUAUGAAAAUUUGGAACAUGGAGAUAAUAGAAACUGAAGAUGGUCUGUAUUUCCAGAAUGAUUGGGAAAAAUUCGUGAAGGAUAACUCUAUUGGAAAGGGAGAUCUCUUGCAUUUUAAAUAUAAGGGUAAUGGUUUGUUUAACGUUGUUAUGUUUGAUGGGCUUGAUCAAUGUGAAAAGAUUGAAAUUCCCAUCGGAUUCAAAGAGUUUGUGGGAGGAGUUGUUCCAAGGGAUGUAUUGCUACGUAGGAAUACUUUUUUCAUACAACUUUGGAACGUGGAGAUAAUAGAAACUAAAGAUGGUUUGUAUUUUCAGAAUAAUUGGGCAAAAUUCGUGAAGGAUAACUGUAUCCAAAAGGGAGACAUCUUGUUUUUUAAAUAUAGGGGUAUUGGUUUGUUUGACAUUGAUGUGUUUGAUGGGCUUGAUGAAUGUGAAAAGAUGGUAGUGGCAGGUGCACAAAUCGAAGAAAGAAGGCAUUCUAUUUAG